AUGGCGCUAAUGGAUGAAGCUAGCUCGUCCACCCUAGCGCUACUCGAUAUGUAUCAAGAAGUGACGGAAGCCACUACCAUUAUGAUGUCCAGGCCCACGAUAAGUAAUAACCUGACGAAAUUUUUGAUGGAGAUUCGAUCCUACAAUCACUAUGCUCAAUUGCUGAUGGCGGCGCUCGCCAUCGCCGAACUCGGCCGUCAUCUCUUCAUCUUGGCACUUAUUAGCCUUGUCCUUUUACCAGUAUGCCGGUAUUAUGUGGCCCUUAAAAAUCAAGUCAAUCAAAUUCUGAACGUGCCGGCCCAGCCACCCGGCUUCUUCCCG